UUGCGAUCACAUGGAGCAAUGGGGCGACAGAUUAGCAAGUGAAAGGCAUGGUGACGGUUACACUCACCCGGAUACCCGCAGUGCUGCCCUGUAAAGGUUGUUGGACUGUUAUGACUGAUGGGUGUGAACAAGGACGUUUCCUAUUUUUCUGACCGUGUGUGUGAAGAAGCACACAAUCUUCUCAAACUGCAGCCAGGAGACAAUCAAGAUGGAACAGUCCGACCAGAAGUUCUUCACGGUUAUAGACUAUGUGAUAUUUGCCCUCUUACUCGCUGCCUCUAUGGGCAUCGGGCUGUACUAUGCUCUGUCUGGUGGGCGUCAGCGCACGACUCAAGAGUUCUUAAUGGCAGACAGAAGCAUGGGCUGCCUCCCCGUUUCCCUCUCGCUCAUUGCCUCGUUCCAGUCGGCCGUGGCUAUCAUUGGCGUACCAGCAGAGAUCUACACGCACGGCACUCAGUACUGGUUCAUCGGCUGCGCCUACAUCCUGGGCCUCUUCAUUCCAGCUCACAUUUUCAUUCCAGUGUUUUACAGACUGCGCGUCUCAAGCGCUUACCAGUAUCUUGAGCUGCGCUUCAGCAAAGCAGUACGCAUAUGUGGAACUUUGACCUUCAUCUUUCAAAUGGUUAUCUAUAUGGGAGUUUGUGUGUAUACUCCUGCCUUUGCACUAAAUGCAGUCACUGGGUUUGAACUAUGGGGAGCAGUGCUGGCCACUGGACUAGUGUGCACGUUGUACACAACACUGGGUGGUUUGAAGGCCGUCAUCUGGACAGACGUCUUUCAGACUGUUGUGAUGUUUGCAGGGCAGCUGGCUGUCAUUGUGGUGGGAGUGCAGAAGACUGGAGGAGUGGCUGAUGUUUGGAGGAAAGUCUGGGAGGGAAAUCGCAUCUCUGGUCUCGAUCUAAACCCAGAUCCGACAGAGAGACACACCUUCUGGACUCUUGGGGUCGGUGGGGUCUUCCUCAUGCUGUCCCUGUAUGGUGUGAACCAGGCUCAGGUCCAAAGAUACCUCAGCUCACGCACAGAGAAAGAGGCUGUCAGGUCUUGCUACAUGGUUUUUCCCUCCCUGCAGCUGGCUCUGGCUCUGAGUUGUGUGAUGGGGCUGGUCAUGUUUGCACGUUACUGUGGAGAGGACCACUCUGACAAGCUGGCCAGUUCUUCACGGGAUGCAAUGGUGAUAUAUUUUGUGAUGGAUAUGCUGCACGGUCUGCCGGGGCUGCCUGGACUCUUCAUUGCUUGUUUAUUCAGUGCAGCCCUCAGCACCAUAUCGUCGGCCUUCAACUCUUUAGCUACUGUAACAAUGGAAGACCUCAUCAAACCGCAAUAUCCUGCCAUGACAGAGGCGAGAGCAACCCUGCUGUCCAAAGUUUUAGCUAUGUCCUAUGGACUGCUCUGCCUGGCCAUGGCAUAUCUCACUCACCUCAUGGGUGAUUCGGUUUUACAGGUUGCUUUGAAAAUCUUCGGCAUGGUUGGUGGUCCUAUUCUUGGUCUGUUUUGUCUCGGGAUGUUCUUCCCGUGGGCCAACUCCAUCGGAGCUCUGGUAGGUCUGUGUGCAGGACUGGUUGUGGCUUUCUGGCUCGGCAUUGGAAGCAUCGUCACUCGUAGCACAAGACCACUACCACUCGAAUGUGGCGCCAAUGCGACUACUGCUAUUCAGACAGCGUUCAACAAUAUCACUCUGAGCCAACCCUCUGGACUCAAGAGAUUUUACUCGUUGUCCUACAUGUGGUACAGUGGCUUUAACUGCACUACAGUCAUUUUAAUAGGCCUGAUUAUCAGCUUUCUUACAGGCCCAACAAAGGAAGAAGAUGUGAUGCCAGGAACACUCUAUCCCUUGUUAGGAAAACUUUUUUGUUUUCUACCUGAACACCUGAAGAAGAAGCUCUGCUGUGUGACUCCACUGGGACAAACGCUUGCAGCACCACAGAGGCCACCUUCACAACACAAAGAAGGUAAUGGACUGGCAUUCCCACAAGAAGAUAGAUCAUCACUGGAAGAGAGGGAAAGUUUUCUUUCCGAGACUUUCGUAGAGUAUGAAACCGCAGUGUGACGUCGACGUCUGUCACAAGAGGCUCUAUUCAGCUCCCUCUAAAAAUUUACAUGUAGAAGUUGUGAAUAUCGUCCACAUUAGAUUGAUGCCUGCAGCAUUCAAAGCUACAAAUUUUUCAACAUUUAACAUCAGUUUUUUUUGUUUGUUUUUCUAUUUAUGUCAAAAGACUCAGCUGAACCUGUCAGUGUCUGAGUCAGUUAUGUCUUACUUACACUACUUGCCAGCUUUAUGUGAAUGCAGCUGACAAGUUGUACUAGGCCCUGAGGCAGCUCCUCGGUUGAACAUCCGUUUUAGCUUCUCUUCCAUUAAGCAGGUGUAUUCUGAUUGAGGGCCUCUCGCAAACAGCAGAGCCAAAGCUGAGUCCCUGAGAUGAUUAUCUUAGGAAUAUCCACUCUCACCUUGACAUAAAUGAGCAAAGACUAUAGAGGCAACUUUCACACCGAAACUUUGCACAUAUGCCAACCUCAUUAUAUUUUGGCCAUGUUAAAUUUGAGCAUCCCCUAUUGGAACAGUAUAAAAAACUGCAGCAAGUAGGGUGAAGAAUAAAAUGCUCACUUCAAAUUGUUAGCUGCUUUCUUGAAGGUUUUUCCUGAGUACAUGUUAAAAAGCUGAACAUAAGAGGAAAAGAAGUAAAAAUAUUUUAUGGUGAUAUUUUUUUUGUACUUGAUGACUGUUUAGCACUACUGUGGCUGUUUUAAAAAUGGUCCUGUGAAAAGAUACUGCCUUGUAUGUUAAGAAUGUAUGAUUAUUACUUGAC